UAGUUAAGCUUGGCAUCCAUUGCGUGACCGGGAGAAACGUGGCGAUAAAAAUCAUCAACCGGGAGAAGCUGAGCGAAUCAGUGUUGUUGAAGGUGGAACGAGAGAUCGCUAUCAUGAAACUGAUCGACCAUCCACACGUUUUGGGUCUGUCCGAUGUCUAUGAGAACAAACGAUACUUAUACCUGAUACUGGAACAUGUGUCAGGCGGUGAACUAUUCGAUUAUCUAGUCAAAAAAGGAAGGUUGACGCCGAAAGAAGCGAGAAGAUUUUUCCGACAGAUAAUUUCUGCGUUGGACUUUUGUCACAGUCAUUUAAUAUGCCACAGGGAUUUGAAACCGGAAAACCUGUUGCUGGACGAGAAGACAAACAUCAAAAUCGCCGAUUUUGGCAUGGCGUCAUUGCAACCGAAUGGCAGUAUGCUGGAGACCAGUUGUGGAUCACCGCACUACGCUUGUCCCGAAGUUAUCCGGGGCGAAAAGUACGACGGACGAAAAGCAGAUGUUUGGUCGUGCGGCGUGAUACUGUACGCGCUGCUCGUCGGCGCGUUGCCCUUCGACGAUGACAACUUGCGUCAGCUAUUAGAAAAGGUGAAAAAAGGCGUGUUCCACAUACCUCAUUUCGUGCCGCCUGACUGCCAGAACCUGCUCCGCGGCAUGAUCGAAGUGAAUCCGGAAAAACGGUUGACCCUGAAAGACAUAAACAAACACUCAUGGGUCAUCGCCGGAGGCAAAGGAGAAGUGCAUUUAGGUAUGUCCAUGAUAGACGUCAUACAAACCCACAUAAUUCCGUCCGCAAAUGACUUAGACACCGAUGUUCUUCAAGCCAUAUCCAGUCUAGGCUGUUUCAAAGAUCGAGAAAAACUCAUUGCCGCUUUAUUGAGUGUCGAUCAUAACACUGAAAAAGUGAUUUAUUUCCUACUACUCGAACGCAAAAAAAGACGACCGGCCAAUGAAGACGACACGAUCGUCGUGAAAAACACUAAAAACAGUUUCGAUCCGCCGAAAAAGCGAGUGGAUACGUGUAAAAUGAUCGACGAUAUCGAUAGCAAUUUUUCGCAAAUCAGUGCUGGGUCUCCUGCUACUCCUCGAAAACAGAUGUUGCAGAAUCGUAUUUACUACAGGAGAGGAAGCUAUAACAACGUGAGUUCUCCGGGUGGCACAAUGUGCAGCGGCUCUAAUCUGGCCAGCUCUUCGACCUUGGCCGGUAUACUAUCGCCACUUCCUCAAAGGUCGAACAACUCGAACUAUCGUUAUCACAACCACCACAAAGGCCAGCAGUCGAAGAACUCGACGAUCUCGUCGCACGGGAACUACAUUUCCGCGCAGAACCAAACGCUGGACGCGAACAGCUCGUGCUCCGUGCCCGUGCCCCCGUCGCCCGUCCAUCACGCAAAACAGGCAAAAGUCGAAGUACCCUCAUCACCCAACCACAUGGUCAUCUGUACGCCACCGGGGUCACCUCAGCAUCUCUCUAAUCACUGGAAAUCAAGACUUACGUCGAUUCGCAACAGUGUUCUAGGGUCGCCAAAGUUCCAUAGACGUAAACCGCAAAUUGAAAUAGACCCGGUGUACAAGCCAACGCCGGAAUCUUCGCCAGAACUGACCAAAAAAUCUUGGUUCGGAAGUUUGAUGGCUUCGGAGAAAGACGAAACGUUCACUAUUUUGAUAACUGGAAAACCAUUGUCCACCGUAAAGGCUGAUCUGAUACACGCCUUACUCUCGAUAUCCGAGUUAAGCCACACAGUGAUCAGCGCACUAUCGUUUCGGGUCGAGUACAGACGGGGAUCCGGCGGCACGGCCAUGUUCCAGAGACAAGUGCGUUUUCAAAUCGACUUGUCGGACGUCACCAACACGCACGCUCCCAGGGACUACUUGUUCGCCAUCGUUUUCACGCUGCAUUCCGGUAACAUAAGACGAUUCCGAAGGGUCUGCGAACACAUCCAGACGCAAAUGUGUGCGAGGAAAGCUCCGAACUCGCCUCGGGCGACCAGGAAAUUCAACACGGAUCUGUCAGAGAGCUCGAGUUGCGGAUCGGACACGUCCGACAGACUAUCGCCUUACGUAAACAUAAGAAAUGUGGACUUGGACAGAGACGAGAAGAACAAGAGACUGAUGAGCCAACAGGAGGCGCGCGGCAAAGGUUAUUGCAUCGCGAACAACCGGCAGAGACGGCGGAGUUCCAGUCUGGCGAACAACAACAACUUCAAAGGCAGCAACAACAAUUCCGUAGCAAACUCUCCGGUGGGCAGCAACGGCGGCGGUGGCGGCGGUGGUGCCGCGGGUGGUGGUGGUGGCAUCGGGGGUGGUUCCGGCAUUAGCAUCGGGGGCAGUCGCAGCGAAGCGCCCACCCGGUCGAACAGCGAGACGAAACCGGUGGACGGCAGUUACAUAUCGGUGUCGGGCUCCAUGACUUGAAAACCGCGAUCGCUAUUUUGUUAUUGUAAAAAGCCAAAAACACUAACUCAAUACGAUUGGGUUGCAUUUUAUCAUAAUGCGUGUAAGAAAUAAUCCGGUCCUGAAAAAAAAAAUCAUUGAUGAUAGAAUAAUAUCUGUCGAGACGUAAACACGUUAUUAUUGAGGUGUAAAUAAAAAAAUUAAAAUUAAUUAACAUAAACCUACGAUAUUACUAUUAUUAGUUACACGGGACUUUACUGUACAUAUAGUUAUAUUAUAAUAUUAUAUAAUUAUGCAUAAGAGCGUAAGUAAAUAAAAUGUAAAGCCGUUCCGCUUAG